AUGUACCACAGCGGCGAGGUCGCGUCGCGUCGCUCGCACGACGUGGCUGACGUCCCAGAAGACAACCCCCUCCACUUCCUCUCUUUCAGCCAGGUCUUCUCACCCCUGGGGUUCCCGCCGCGGAGGCUGAGCACAUCCUUUCACAGAGACAGGCCCGCGCCCCGGGGAAGGGACUCCGAGCGGCGCAGGGGAGAGAGUGGCGCGGCGGGCAGAGAGGCGCGGCGGGCAGAGUGGCGCGGCGGGCAGAGCGGCGCAGGGGACAGAGUGGCGCGGCGGGCAGAGUGGCGCGGCGGGCAGAGCGGCGCAGGGGACAGAGUGGCGCGGCGGGCAGAGAGGCGCGGCGGGCAGAGCGGCGCAGGGGACAGAGUGGCGCGGCGGGCUGAGUGGUGCGGCGGGCAGAGAGGCGCGGCGGGCAGAGUGGCGCGGCGGGCAGAGUGGCGCAGGGGACAGAGAGGCGCGGCGGGCAGAGAGGCGCGGCGGGCAGAGUGGCGCGGCGGGCAGAGAGGCGCGGCGGGCAGAGUGGCGCAGGGGACAGAGUGGCGCGGCGGGCAGAGCGGCGCAGGGGACAGUGGCGCGGCGGGCAGAGUGGCGCGGCGGGCAGAGCGGCGCAGGGGACAGAGUGGCGCGGCGGGCAGAGUGGCGCGGCGGGCAGAGUGGCGCGGCGGGCAGAGAGGCGCGGCGGGCAGAGAGGCGCAGGGGACAGAGUGGCGCGGCGGGCAGAGUGGCGCGGCGGGCAGAGAGGCGCGGCGGGCAGAGUGGCGCGGCGGGCAGAGCGGCGCAGGGGACAGAGUGGCGCGGCGGGCAGAGUGGCGCGGCGGGCAGAGAGGCGCGGCGGGCCGAGUGGCGCGGCGGGCAGAGUGGCGCAGGGGACAGAGUGGCGCGGCGGGCAGAGUGGUGCGGCGGGCAGAGUGGCGCGGCGGGCAGAGCGGCGCAGGGGACAGAGUGGCGCGGCGGGCAGAGUGGCGCGGCGGGCAGAGCGGCGCAGGGGACAGAGUGGCGCGGCGGGCAGAGUGGCGCGGCGGGCAGAGCGGCGCAGGGGACAGAGUGGCGCGGCGGGCAGAGUGGCGCAGCGGGCAGAGUGGCGCGGCGGGCAGAGAGGCGCGGCGGGCAGAGUGGCGCAGGGGACAGAGUGGCGCGGCGGGCAGAGCGGCGCAGGGGACAGAGUGGCGCGGCGGGCAGAGAGGCGCGGCGGACAGGCGCAGCCGGGAUCCGCGAGGCGGGGCGAUCAGCCCACGCCACAUCACCUGGGCCGGGAGCGAGCGAGGGUAA